CUCCCCGGACCAUGACCCCAGCCGAAGGGAGACGCCCAACCAGCUGAGCCACCCAGGCGCCUCGAAAUGCUUAAUUCUUAUCAAAAGGGUCAGAAUCCCCUUGGGUUGUUGCCGCUAACAGUAAGUUCACACAGAAGUCUAGCUGGCAGUUUGAUUAGAGGGAGAGAGGCAUUGAGCUGCGGAAGAGCCAUGAAUUGAAAUUUCACAGAUCAUAAAGCAGUGUUUUGGAAGCUUCCCCGGAGACAGGAGCAGCAGCACUUCCCAUCCCUGGAUGACAAGCCCCAGUUCCCGGGGGCCUCGGCGGAGUUUAUAGACAAGCUAGAAUUCAUCCAGCCCAAUGUCAUCUCUGGGAUUCCCGUCUACCGCGUCAUGGACCGGCAGGGCCAGAUCAUCAACCCCAGCGAGGAUCCCCAUCUGCCCCAGGAGAAGGUGCUCAAGUUCUACAGGAGCAUGACCCUGCUCAACACCAUGGACCGCAUCCUCUACGAGUCCCAGCGGCAGGGUCGGAUCUCCUUCUACAUGACCAACUAUGGCGAGGAGGGGACGCACGUGGGGAGUGCAGCAGCGCUGGACAACACGGACCUGGUGUUCGGCCAGUACCGGGAGGCAGGUGUGCUCAUGUACCGGGACUACCCCCUGGAGCUGUUCAUGGCCCAGUGCUACGGCAACGUCAGUGACCUGGGCAAGGGCCGCCAGAUGCCCGUGCACUACGGCUGCAGGGAGCGCCACUUUGUCACCAUCUCCUCUCCGCUGGCCACACAGAUCCCGCAGGCGGUGGGGGCGGCCUACGCGGCCAAGCGGGCCAACGCCAACAGGGUGGUCAUCUGCUACUUCGGGGAGGGGGCGGCCAGCGAGGGGGAUGCGCACGCCGGCUUCAACUUCGCUGCCACCCUCGAGUGCCCCAUCAUCUUCUUCUGCCGCAACAACGGCUAUGCCAUCUCCACGCCCACGUCGGAGCAGUACCGCGGGGACGGCAUAGCUGCCCGAGGCCCGGGCUAUGGCAUCAUGUCCAUCCGUGUGGAUGGCAACGACGUGUUUGCCGUGUACAACGCCACCAAGGAGGCCCGGCGGCGGGCGGUGGCGGAGAACCAGCCCUUCCUCAUCGAGGCCAUGACCUACAGGAUCGGGCACCACAGCACUAGUGAUGACAGCUCAGCCUACCGCUCGGUGGACGAGGUCAAUUACUGGGACAAGCAGGACCACCCCAUCUCCCGGCUGCGCCAUUACCUGCAGAGCCGGGGCUGGUGGGACGACGAGCAGGAGAAGGCCUGGAGGAAGCAAUCCCGCAAGAAGGUGAUGGAGGCCUUUGAGCAGGCGGAGCGGAAGCCGAAGCCCAACCCCAGCCUGCUCUUCUCUGACGUGUACCAGGAGAUGCCCGCCCAGCUCCGCAAGCAGCAGGAGGCCCUGGCCCGGCACCUCCAGACCUACGGGGAGCACUACCCCCUGGACCACUUUGAGAAGGUCCCUCUCUACCAGUCGGCACCCUCACUUGAACAUGAGAAAAUUGUCAAGACUGGGGAUUCAACCAUCAUCACUCGGCAACCUGCAAACUCAAAUGCCACAGUUUUCAGCACUACAGGGGUUGCGGGGGGCAGCACCCCUUCCCAGAAGGCGGCCUGAGCCGAGUCAACAGACCUGUCCUUGUCUGUGAGCGCUCAAGGGCACCCCGCAGAAUCUGUCCAGCAUCUAUCUUUAGAAUUGUCAUUACUGCCCCAACAAUCAGGUGCAGCUGCCUCAGGACUCCCAGGGCACGUGCCUCAGUUGGCACCUUGUCCCAGCCCCUGGCCAGAGCCGGACUGUGCUGCCACCGCCCGCUUCCCGCCACCAAGGAGCUCAGCACUGCGCUCCAAAGGCAGGACCAAAACCAACCCCAAAUCCCCACUUUGUGAGUCUGUCUCCUGGAACACUCCAGAUGCCACUGCUGGGUCAGUGUGGAUCCAGUCAGCAGAGAAAAACCACACAGUAAUUUGAACACAUUUAAUGUCAAGAAUUGUUGACUUUCAACAGUGAAUCGAAAUAAGAGAUUCACCGAUAAGGUGUCUUGGCAUUUACCGGCAGUGCCCCUUCUGGGACGCAGCGGAGUCUUCGCAGGGAGGCCCCGGGCACUUCAGGAGCCGCCUGUUGGGGAGGCCACGGGCCUGGCAGGAGCCACAGAGCUCACACACUGGAAGCGAAGGCUUCCCGCUGUCCUCUCUCGGGCGCCCUCUCCCGGCAAACCUUGGCGCGCCACUUAGCCAAGGAAAACCGUUUCAAAGGCGCGUUCUCAAGGAGCAGAGGGGAAAGCUGGAUUUGGGGCAGAGUCAAUACAUGGGUAAGUGGGGACACCGUCGGCCUGGGGCGCUCGGCGUUGAGCGAGUGGAGGCCGGGGGUGCCGCGGGCAUGGUGAGCUGAGCGCUGUCCCACAGGGAAACGGGCUGGUAGUGCCCCUGCAUCAGUCAGGGACUCAGCCGGAACAGCAGCACAUUCAAAUGAGGAUACUUUGAGAAGAGUCUCUGGACAAGUCAAGAGCGGGGUUUCUUGGCAUGGUAGUGGCCAGGUGGGGGUAAAUCAAGAGAGGAAGUCAUGGGGGGGGUGCACCUCCCCUGGGCCCGGCCCGAAGAGGCAGGAGGAGGCUGCUGGAACCCCGGAGAGAAGACUGUGGAAAGAGCUGCCGGACAAGGUGACAGGAGCUGUGACCUUUCAGCCUGGGGUGCAGCCAGCCAGAGCCCCUGAGGUGGUGAACAAGUACGCCAGCCUCAUGCUCUCCCCUCUGACCGGCCGGUGGUGCCAGCCCUGCCACGGAGCCCCGCUGAUGCCCAGCCUGACAAGGAGGGGGCUGAGGGCUAGGCCGGGAUGGGGCUGGCUGUGUCCCGAGACUGCUCCUCCGGCCCCGACUUGAGGCCCUGGGCCCAGUCAGCCCCCAGGACCUCGCAGCUGGGCAGCAUCUCCUCCACCAGGAUCUGCGUGAGGCCCGGGUUGGACACGGCGGGGAGGUCUGAGAUGUCCAGCCUGCGGAGGUUCCUGAGAGGAGGCAGCAAGGGGGAGGCCCGCAUGAGGAGGGGAAGGGUGUGGAGGGGUGUGCCUGCCCCGGCUUCAGCCCCUACCUAGCUCUUUAAAAUAAAAGUGCUUAGCUGCCUGCCUUUGAGAGAGCUGGCCAAGUACAGACACCCACCGUGGGGAUUACAAAUGGACACCCUGGCAGCUCCUGUUCGCAACACUGUAAAUGUCAUCGAGUUUUCAUUAAAAUAAAAAGGAAGAAAAACC